GUCUCUUAAGUACAUGUGCGUUUUGAGUACGACUACACGUUGUAACUACUGAGAAAGAACGAUGCCAUCAAGGAAACGCACUAAGAAGGCAGACGAAGAUAGUUCUGCGGCCGCAACAGACGUAGACGCAUCCAAGAUGACAGUAGCAGGGUUGAAGGCAGAGCUUGCAAAACGAGGUCUCGAGACGAGCGGAAAGAAGGCUGAUCUAGUGAAGAGAUUGAAAGACGCGAUGGGAGACGAUGAAACAGACGCUGCUGAAGAGCCUUCAGCUAAGAAAUCCAAACCUGAAAAGAAGAAAGUGGAGGAGAAAGACCAACGAUCGGAAGCAUCUAAGAAAAUGGCACAGCUCAAGGAAACCAAAAAGAAGAGAACUGCCAAGAUUGACCAACAUUGCUAUCUGGCUUCCAGAGCACAAGCAGCUGUAGUUGACGACUAUGACUGUAUGCUGAACCAGACCAACAUUGGCCAUAACAACAACAAAUACUAUGUUAUUCAACUGAUUAACUGUCUUGGAUCAUAUUAUGUUUGGAACAGAUGGGGUCGUGUUGGAGAGUCUGGACAGAAUGCAAUGAAAGAAGCAUUUGGAGAUUUGAACAAAGCAGUCAAAGAGUUUGAGAAAAAAUUCAAAGACAAGACAAAGAAUGACUGGUCAGCAAGACACAAAUUCACUCCCGCACCUGGCAAAUACACUCUCAUUGAAAUGGAUGACGAAGAUGAAGAUGACGGGGGUACUGCUGCCAAGUUGGCUGCUUUAGAUGAUAAAACGGAUGCCCCCAAGAAGGUCCGCUCAUGCACACUUGACAAGCACACUCAAAGUCUCAUCAAGUUGAUUUUUGAUCAUGACAUGUUCAAAGAGGCCAUGGAGAAAAUGGAACUUGAUACUAAGAAAAUGCCAUUGGGAAAGAUAAGCAAAUCACAGAUUGCCAAGGGCUUUGAGGUUCUUGAAGAAAUGGAAAAAGAACUUAAAAAGAAGUCAACAUCUGGUGAUCGUAUGAGAGAGCUGUCAUCUCGCUUUUACACACUGAUUCCUCACAGUUUUGGUAGACAACGUCCACCAACGAUUAACAGUGAGGAAGGCGUUCGGCAAAAGAUGGACAUGCUUUUGGUUCUUGCAGACAUUGAAUUAGCACAGGAGCUUGAGUCUGAAAGUGAGAAGAAGAAAGUAGCUCAGGGUGAUGAAGUGGACCAUCCAAUUGAUAUCAAUUAUGGCUUGUUAAAAUGUCAUCUCAAGCAUGUCGACCCAAACUCAGAUACGUUCAAGAUCAUCAAAACUUACACAGCUGCUACUGGUCCCACGUGGCGUUCCCUGGAGAUACAAGAUGUAUUUGAAGUGGACAGAGAAAGUUCUGCUGAGCGUUUCAAGCCAUACGAGGGUCUAGAGAAUCACCAGUUGUUGUGGCAUGGCACAAACGUAGCUGUAGUUGCCGCUAUACUGAAAGGAGGACUACGAAUCAUGCCACAUUCUGGAGGUCGAGUUGGAAAAGGAAUUUACUUUGCAUCAGAAAACAGCAAAUCAGCCGGUUAUGUCCGUACUGCUGCCAACACUGGCAUAAUGUUCCUUGCUCAGGUUGCACUUGGUAAAGAGCAUUCUAUUACAAAAGACAACUGGUCGCUCACUGCCCCUCCUUCUGGCUUUGACUCAAUUGUUGCUCGGGGACGAACCGAACCCGAUCGUACAAAAGACACCUCAGUGAAGUUGGAUGGCAAGGAUGUGUCUGUUCCACAGACGAAACCUCUUCAGCAGCCUCCGUACAGCACAAGCAACUUCAGUCAGAGCGAGUACCUCAUAUACAAAGAAAGUCAGUGCCGCAUCCGCUAUCUCCUUAAACUCAAAAUGUGAUGACAAACGAUUAAUUGAGCAUUCGCAUUUUAGUUUGCGACAUUGCUUUGCUGACUGAAUCUGCCAGUGUUGGUUUUUUAGCUUUUUGUAUGGUCUUAGCAGCAUUGCGUGUGAGCUGCUUUUUUUGCUGUUGCGUUUACUAGGAAAAAAGCCACUUUCUCAAUACAAAUGUAUUUUUUAGUUGCACAGGGAUCAAUAUUGGCUCCACCCCAAAACUGGCAGUGCAGCUCUAUUAUAUACAUAUACGUAGCUAUCUUUAGUGUUGGGGAGGUGUCAUAUAUGCUAAUAGAUUGUU